AUGGAGGAGGAGGCUGUGAGGAAGAGGAAGAUGCUGUGGGCCCCCCAGGCAGGCCCCGAGCUGAGGACGGAGAGCCCGGAGGACAAAUCCCCCCGUGAGACCCUGGUGGGAGAGGCCGUUUUGAAGGGCUCCACGGCGCAGGAAGGCAGCGGGGAGGAAAAGGGCCGGAGAUCCCCCCGCAGGAGGGGCUCCAAAGCCAGCCCAGGGUGCUCUGAGGAGGAAAGACCCAGCCUGUGCCAGGAAGGCGGCCGGAGCUUGAGGCAGAGCUCUGACCUGGUGGUCCCUGAGCAGCCUCCCAGCAGGGAGAAGCCGUUCAGGUGCUUGGAAUGUGGGAAGAGCUUCAGCAGGAGCACUGACCUCCUCAGUCACCAGCACAUCCACACUGGGGAACGACCCUACACGUGUAGGGAAUGUGGGAAGAGCUUCAGGAAGAGCAGCAACCUCUGCACUCACCAGCGCACCCACACUGGGGAACGGCCCUACACGUGUGGGGAAUGUGGGAAGAGCUUCAGUGACAGCUCCAGCCUGAUCGAACACCAGCACAUCCACACUGGGGAACGGCCUUAUUUUUGUGGGGAAUGUGGGAAGAGCUUCAGCUGGAGCUCCAGCCUCCGCAGCCACCAGCACAUGCACACUGGGGAACGACCCUACAAGUGCUCGGAAUGUGGGAAGAGGUUUAAGACCAGUGCACAUCUCCUCAUGCAUGAGCAGACACACACAGAUGAGAGGCCCUUCCGCUGCACCGACUGCGGGAAGGGCUUCAAGCGGAACUCCACCCUCGUCAUCCACCGGCGCAUCCAUACUGGGGAGAGGCCCUACAAGUGUGGGGAGUGUGGGAAGAGCUUCUCCAGGAGCUCUGCCUUGACCUCACACCAGCGGACCCACUGGUAAGGGAAACUAUCUCAGUGCUCCGACUGCAGGGAAGA